AAUAAUUUCUAAAUUUCACAAAAUGCGUUCUAAAAUAUUUUUGGUCCUUCUUUCAUUUUUCAUUUUUUCAAUGAUUAAUGCUAUUAGGCCACCUCGCUGUAAUUUGGCAAAACAGGUCGGUCUGUGUAGUGCAUUAUUACCUAGAUGGUACUAUGACAAUGGAGAAUGCAAAGUUAAUUUUAUAAAAAUUUAAAAUUUAAUUAAAAAAUAGGAAUUUGAUUAUGGUGGGUGUAGAGGUAAUGAUAAUCGUUUUUCUACAAAAGAGGAAUGCGAAAAAAUU